AUGGACAUGGUGGUGGCUGGCCAACAAAGAAUGCUUCAAUUGCAUGAACUGGAGGAGAUUCGCAAUGAAGCCUAUGAAAGCUCGAGAAUCUACAAAGAGAAGACAAAGGCCUUUCAUGACAAGAACAUUCAUCGGAAAAAUUUUGUAGAAGGUCAAAAAGUUUUGAUGUAUCACUCUCGACUCAAACUCUUUCCAGGGAAGUUGAAGUCUCGGUGGAUAGGACCCUUUGUAGUCACCAAAGUUUUUCCUCACGGUGCGGUGGAGGUUGUGAGUCCAACUACAGGAAAGGCUUUCAAAGUGAAUGGUCAAAAGUUAAAGCCAUAUUAUGAGUCAACAGUCGAAGAACAAGCUGCAGUAAUCCAUCUUGUUGACCCAGUGUAUGUGGAAGAUGAUGCGACCAAAUCGAGCACAACAUGCAGAUCACAUGAGCACAACAUGCAGUCGAGCUAA